AUGGCGUCCGGCGCCGACGCGCAUGCGCAUGCGCGACCGCAGCGCAGCGAUGCGGCAGAGUCCAUGGGGCCGCCUGAAAAUGCAGACAAGGAUUUAGCAUACCUGACAUCGUACAUGAAGCGCAUUCGGACGGACCACGCAGCGCCCGUCGAAACGCCUGCGCAGCUCAGCACACCACAGGCAGAGCGGAGUGUGCUGGAUCAUGUGGCAUCGGAAGAUGAUCCGAAGAAACGAAUGGAAUGGCAAAAAAUGCUGCGCUCGGUUCUAGAAAGCGAGGUCUUGUCUUCGGAGACAAAGCGAAUUGCCGCCGCGGACGCCACAACGCCGACGCCGACGCAGCUGAUGCACAGUGUGUGGCUCUGUGUGCGCGCGCUCCGUGUUGGACACAUUCACUAUCGCGAUGAGCCAGAGUCAGAAGAGCAUUUGAUUACCGAGGAGCGAGACCGACUCGUGCCGGCGGUCGUGGCCGAUGUGCUCGCGUUCAGCAAAGAUACGUUACCGCCAUCGAACGAUAUGCGGAAACAGCUAUUUGAAGCAGUUCAGGUGCUUCUCGAGCGCAUUGAAGCAGUGGACGAGCUCUUCCCCUCCCAGCGACAGCUACUCGCGGGCUACCCGACCUGGGCGCAACCACAUUUCCAGGCAAGAUUAUCUGCGUUGCAGGCAUGGUUCAAUGUCACACGCGAGCUUCGUGCACAAGUGCAGCUCUUGCACAGAUGGACUGGCACGUUAACGUCGUCAGAUGGGACGCUGCGCCCAACGAUGAGUCCUGCGUUACCACGGGUCGAUACAGACGAAGAAAACACCUUUGUUGUUGAGCGCAUAUUCCGCGAGAGCAACAUUCAUGAGGCUUUCGAGCAGCGCACACUCAAACGGCUGCGUAUGCUUAUAGAUAUGGCACGCACGACACUUCGGCAGCACCACCAGAUGUUUCUGGAGAUGGGCCUCUCGUCCUUUGAGCCAGACGUGCUCCCGCUCGUCCGAUUCCCCAUGUGGCUAGCCGAAGGCGCAUUGCGACAGCGACUCGAAUACGCUGACAAGCUGCAGGAGCCCAGUGUCCUGCUGGUCGACUCGCUUGCGGAUGAUCUGCGCGCUGCACUCGCCCUCGCGUGUCGUAUCAAAGAGAAUUACGUGCAACUCACGGUGCCGGAGCCUGACAUUGGCUGGAGCUUGCCGCUCGAGAGCGACGACAAGUUCGAUGCUUCCAUAUGCAGUGCACUGCACUUUUUCUUCCGACUGCUGUACUUCCGCCUGAAGAGCACGCCGUACUUUAAGGAGGUGGAUGUCCUCGAGCCGGAGUGGGACUUUUUGUCGUCGGCCGUGCGUGUGGUGCCGGGUGGCGACGUCAUUGUUGCUCACAAGACGGCAGCUUUGGUAAACCGUGUGUUUGCGCGCAUAAUUGCCUACUUUAAGCGCGAGCUCCAGGUGCCAACGUCGUCAACUGCAGCACCGUCGGCGAAGAUGCCGCUGAGGUCGCAAGCAACGUCUGCGUCAGCGUCAGGAUCAACGGCCAAGAACCGCACUAGUGCUGAGCCUGCAUCGGCUGGACGCGUUGCAGGAGGCCGUGUGCCUAUGAAUGUGUUGGAAAUGACGCGUUGGAUCCACACCGUCUUUAACAACACACGCGUCCGCAGCCGGCGGCUCAUCGGUUUUGCACGCCGCAUGCGCUUGACGCUUGAAACAGCGGCCGAGUACGAUCUGCGUACCCUCAAAACAGCCAAGACACAACCGAAUGAUUUACAUGGCUUCCUGCAGACGAUGCUUUAUGCCGACUAUUUCCUCGUGUAUACGUCAGCGUUUGAAGAGCGUGGCGUCUUUGUACUGGCGGAGCCGAGUCUGCAUGACAAGCCACUUGUGAUCCAGGAUCUGAUCUUCCAGUGCGUGCGACCAAGUGCGUCAGGCGCGGACGACACGUUGGGAACCAGCGGUGUCAGCGUCAGCCUGGGCCAUGGGCCAACGACUCAUUUCUCAGCCCGCCCACCGUGGCAGCCGCAGUAUCUGCUGUUUUUGACGCCGCGCGAGCCAUUCCUGUGGACGGGACGCGUCAUGACACUGCCACUACCAUGGAUCGACUUGGAUCUGAAAGAAAACCGAGUGCGCCUCGUUGCCGAUGGCGCUGGCGCUCGGCUCGAGCAGUGCAAGCAGCACUGGAUGUGGCAGUUUUCUAUGCAUGCGACGGAAGGCAGCGCCGUGCCGUCGGUCGUGGGAUCCCCGGCUGCGACCUCGACGGCGGCAGCCGCGGCAGCGACAGCAGCUGCGGCUCAUCUCCACGGCGGCACGAAGAACGUGAAUGGUGGAUCAAGCAGCAGCGUCCCUGGAUACGCCUUUUCACUCAUGCCAGUGUACGAGCGGAUGGCGCACCUCAGCUUGAUUCAGCACGAGCUCAAGCUGAUGACCAAGGCGGGCUAUGUGCUGACCGACACAGUUGUGCAUGCAGUGCCGAUCAUUCGACGCCAGAUGCUCAAGCUGCGGCCACUCGCGCCUCAUGAUCGUGCUGCGUGCGACGAGCUCGUGCAGGCGUGUUUCAGCAUAGCGUUUGAUCAGGGCGCACGUGCUCUCGGCUACAUCCAAAGUGUGCGGUUGCACUCGCUCAUGUCAACGGCACUUGUGCAGUUGUCGGUCGAUUGGAUCUCGUUUAUUUGCGACGAUUGCGUGCUGACAGAGCGGCGCACAUUCAAAUGGGCCGUCGAAGCGCUCGAGAAUGCUAUGACAAGAACAAUGGGCGAGAACAUCUUCCUGCUCAGUGAGCAUGAAUUUUUCCAGCUACGUGGCAAAGUGUCGAGCUGCAUGGCUCUGUUGAUCUCACACUUUGACAUUCUCGGUGCCCGCAGCAGUGCUGUAAAGGAGCAGGAGGAAAAGCGGGCGAAGCGCGCCGCUCAUGGCACACAUCUGGACUUGGCCCUUGACAGCGAGAAAGAAGCGAAGCAUCUGUCUGAGCAGCGGCUCGUGGCGUUGGAUGCAUGUGACGCGGCGCGCGAAGAUGUCAUGCGGGAGCGGCGCGAGAUUGGACAUGUGCUGGACGACACACGCAUGGAGGACCGAGGUCUGCAGCUGCUGGCAUCCAAGGGCGUGCAAAUGCGAUGGCAACAAGGCCGCUUCAUUGGUGGCGGCACGUUUGGCACCGUGUACCUGGCGGUCAACCUCGAUACAGGCGGGCUUAUGGCCGUCAAAGAGAUCCGGUUCCAGGAACUCACGUCGUCGCCCAACCUAUUUAAGCAGAUCCACGACGAAAUGAAUGUCAUGGAAAUGCUCCGACAUCCGAACAUUGUCGAAUAUUAUGGCAUUGAGGUGCACCGGGAAAAAGUGUACAUCUUUGAAGAGUAUUGUCAGGGUGGCAGCCUCGCACAGCUUCUGGAGCAUGGGCGCAUUGAAGAUGAGAUUGUGUUGCAGGUGUAUGCUCUCCAGAUGCUCGAUGGUUUGAUGUACUUGCACUCACAGGGCGUGGUCCAUCGAGACAUCAAGCCGGACAACAUCCUGCUUGACCACAUGGGCGUCAUUAAGUUCGUCGACUUUGGCGCAGCGAAAGUCCUGUCGCGACGCUCGCUUUCCAUGCACACCGGUGGACGUGCGCCUGUCCAUUUGCCAGGCGCCGUCGAUGCUCGUGGUCAGAGUUUGCAAGGCACGCCCAUGUACAUGGCACCGGAGGUCGUGCGUGGUGAGACGCAUGGUCGCGAAGGAGCCGCUGAUAUCUGGAGUUUGGGCUGCGUUGUCCUGGAGUGUGCAAAAGGCACACGGCCUUGGAGCCAGCUCGACAAUGAGUGGGCUAUCAUGUUCCAUAUCGGCAUGGCACAACAGUGUCCGGCGCUGCCCGACGAGACUCAGCUCAGCGCUCUGGGCAUUGACUUUAUCAAGCAGUGCCUGACAAUUGACCCGUUCAAACGGCCGACAGCUGUCGAACUGCGGCAACACGCAUGGAUUUGUGCGCUAGUUGAUGUGCUAAAUGCAGAGAACGAAGCAGAAGAAGAGGCUCAGCGUGCGGCUGAAGAAGAAGCCGCGGAAUCUGCGGUCGCUGCGUCGGAGUCUGCCUUGGCAUCAAGCACAGAUCCAGCUACAGAUGAGAGUGAGCAGCCCGGCUAUACAGGCCAUGCACCUGAUGAUCAACGACUUACACACUCUUUGGACGCUAGCCGAGACGAUCCUGCACGAUUAGCCCCAGGUGCGCAUGUGCCUCUCUCGACCAAUUCGCCCGGAUACCCCGACCACAGUCAUCCAGGACAUGAAGCGCUCGUUGCCGAUGUGCAGUACCGCCGCGAAGGCGCGCAAAUCAAGGCCAUGCUGGAGCCAGACUGA